AGGAUCCGAUCUUGGUUUGAUUUCUCAAUUUCUCAACGAUUUAAAAAAUAUUAAAUGUCUAAAACUGAAAGCGACAAAGAAGAAAGAAAAGAGAGAUGCCAAACUAGAAAGAAGCAAAGCAUCAACAACAACAAUGGAGAAAUCGAAGAUCGGGAGAAGAUUUGAAGGGAAAGUUGCCAUAGUUACAGCUUCAACUCAAGGCAUAGGCUUCAGUAUUGCUGAACGACUCGGCCUUGAAGGAGCCUCUGUCGUCAUCUCAUCUCGGAGACAGAGAAACGUUGAUGAGGCAGUAAAAAAGCUCAAAACACAAGGAAUUGAAGCGCUGGGAUUGGUAUGCCAUGUUUCUAAUCCUCAACAAAGAAAGAAUCUUAUUCAACAGACACUUGAGAAAUACGGGAAAAUAGAUGUAAUCGUGUCGAAUGCUGCUGCAAAUCCAUCCGUUGAUGCCAUUCUUGACACCCAAGAAUCAACCCUUGACAAGCUUUGGGAAAUCAAUGUUAAAACCUCCAUAUUGCUUCUUCAGGAUGCAGCCCCCCACUUAACAAAAAAUUCUUCAAUUGUUUUCAUUUCUUCUAUAAGUGCUUUUCAACCUCCAUCUUCCAUGGCUAUGUAUGGUGUCACAAAGACUGCGCUUCUUGGUCUUACCAAGGCGCUUGCAAGUGAGAUGGCCCCACAUACUCGUGUGAACUGUGUUGCACCGGGGACUGUGCCUACACACUUUGCUAGUUUCAUCACCGAUAAUGAUACCAUUAGAGACACCAUUAUGGAGAAGACACCACUCAAGAGGCUAGGGACGGUGGAAGACAUGGCGGCAGCCACCGCUUUCUUGGCAUCUGAUGAUGCUUUGUAUAUUACUGUAAAGAUAUGA